CGCGAGAAAACCAGUGACGGCUGAAUUUUCUAUUCGCUCCUCCAAAUUUCCCAAAGCCACCGCUCACAGUUCCAAAUGAGACAGCGGCACGCCGCCGCCGCCUCCUUCAUGACCACCAACCAACUCCCAAUUCUCCCCUUUCCCAAACCAUUCGCCUCAUUUCUCCGCCGCCAUGACCUCCCUCCUCCCCCUCCUCAUCCUCCUCCUCCUUCUAAGCUCCGCCGUCGCUCAGGACAACACCACCACCCCAUGUCCACUUGACAUCGCCAUCCUCCGCAACCUCGUAUCCAGCUCCCCACGCCUCACCAUCGACCGCUCCCAAGCCUGCCACCACCUCCGCCAGGGAAUCCGCCUCCUCCACUCCGACUACCUCCGCCGGACCGGCAACUUCCUCCCGCCGCUCAGCUCCGCCGGCUCCUGCUGGCUCUCGUUCCAGCGCCUCGUCGACGACUACCUCCCCAACUUCGACGUCCGCUCCUCGUGCGGGUUCUCCGCCAGCUGGAUCUCCCAGGGCUGCGUCAACAUCACGACGGUCCGAGAUUUCGAAACCCUAGUCUCCAAUUCCUCGCUCGCCGACCUCGAUUCCGCUUGCAAUCAGCCCCUCGACAACAGAUCCCCUUGCGCCAGCUGUACCACGGCUCUCUCCAGGCUCCAAGCCCUCUAUUUCCCCCGCAGCCAGCUUCACUCAAUCGGAAACAUCUCCGAUUGUCAGGUCUACCCUUGGAUCUACACCGCCGCCGCCAUCAUCAAUCCCAUCGGUAAAGGCGCAGUCAAGUGUUUGUUCUCCCUCGAUUUCACCUCCAACAAUUCCAACGCCCGAAAGAAGAAAAUCACGAUUCUCAUCGCCUCCGCAGCAUGUCUCGUCGUAAUCUCCAUUCUCAUAGUCCUAAUUGUUGGAAUUCGAAUUCGGCAGAGAAGAAAAGGGAAGUCAAAAUUAGGUUCAGGGUUUGGAAUAAUUAGCAGCAGGAACACAACCCUGGUGAAAUUCAAAUUCGACGAGAUCCGGAAAGCCACUAAGAAUUUCUCGAGAGACAACAUCAUCGGGCUGGGAGGGUUCGGCAACGUCUACAGAGGGCAAUCAAUCGACGGCGGCGGCGGCGAAGUCGCCGUGAAGAGGUUCAAGAACUGUUCAGCCUCAGGCGACGAGAGCUUCGCGCACGAAGUGGAGGUGAUCUCCAGCGUCCGCCACGUGAAUUUGGUGUCCCUGAUCGGCUAUUCCAUCGCCACCAUUCCGACGGAAGGACACCAGAGGUUGAUCGUCUGCGAGCUGGUGAAGAACGGCAGCCUCCAUGACCACUUGUUCGGCAGUGAAUUUCAUCAAUCGUCGCCGACCCAAUUGACAUGGCCGACUCGCCAGAGGAUAGCUUUGGGGAUGGCGAGAGGGCUGGCUUACCUCCACUACGGCGCCCAACCGGGGAUCAUCCACAGGGACAUCAAAGCCAGCAAUGUUUUGCUGGACGAGACUUUUGAGCCCAAAGUGACAGACUUUGGGCUCGCCAAAUUCACCCCUGAAGAAGGGAGGAGCCACGUCAGCACCAGGGUGGCGGGGACGAUGGGGUACGUGGCGCCGGAGUACGCGCUGUACGGGCAGCUGACGGAGAGGAGCGACGUGUACAGCUACGGCGUCGUGCUGCUGGAGCUUCUGAGCGGGAAGAAGGCGGUGAUGAAAGCCGCCGGGGGAGGAGAAGGGGAUGGGAGUAGUAUUGAGGCGGCGAGUCUGUUGACGGAUUGGGCCCGGCGGAUGGCGAGGGAAGGGAGGGCGGCGGAGGUGGCGGAAGAAGGGAUUCGGGAUCAAUGCGGCGCCGUUUUGGAUGUGGUGGAGAGGUAUGUGGUGGUGGGGUUGCUUUGUACGCACCCGCAGCUCUAUGCGAGGCCGACGAUGGACCAGGUGGUUAGGAUGCUGGAGGCGGAAGAGGUGUCGGUUCCGAAGGUGGCGGAGCUGGCGAGUGGCGCGGUGGCGCGUGGGAUUAUGGACGAUGAUGGUGAGAAGUGGAUGGAGGGCACUGGAUCAAGGGAGGAGCUCUUGGUUAAUGGUUAUGGCAAUUAUGAAUACGUCCGGCUAUAGAAAUGAAACGUCAUGAGAGAAAUAUUAACCAACGUUGUGUUUUCAUCCUAAUUGUAUUGAUAAUUUAGGUUGAAUUUUGGUAGGAUAUUCCAUUCGGGGUAUCAAAUAACUGUAUAGAUUAAAACGAGAAUGUAAAAUAUAUAUCAGCGCGAGAAUGCGAAGAAUAUAGAUUUAGAAAUCGAAAAUAAAGAUGAUACCAGACAGAUUUAGCAAAACCCGAUCUAAACUGUUUCACUCUACUUCGUAUUUGGCACUCAUAAACAUAAAGUCAUAAUUUGAUU